AUGUACGAGAACGUUACUUUUCCCGAAGAAGAGGGAGAUAUUGGAAGGGCGGUUCAAAGUGCCUUUGCGCCCGUCGUUGAGAAAGGAGACGCGGUAGAUGCGGCAGAAAAGAAGAAGAAAAAGGGUGUUGAUAUCGUCGGCCUGUCUGUAUCAAUGGCCGUUAUUGUCGUUUGCUUUGCUGGAAUUAUUCUGUUCGCGCUACAUCGAGACAAGAAAAGACAGAAGCUCAACGCCCUGUAUGUGCAAAGAAAUCACGAUGCAGAGAGAAACGUGCCAGUUGCUGCGCGACCAGUUCGCGAAAUUCUAUCGUUUCGAAACAUUACUUGUCAAUUGAAAACCAACAGAGGUGGUGGUGGAGGAGGAGGAGGAGGAGGAGCAAAAAUAUCUGCCGCCCGACGAACCAUAAUAAGUGGUAUAUCCGGGAUAGUUUGUGAGGGAUCUGUGUGUGCAGUUAUGGGACCUUCUGGAUCUGGAAAGACCACUUUGGUGAAAUCUUUAAUUUCUGCCACUGGUUUCCACGUCGACAUCGAUUUGAACAAAAUUAAUCUCUCUGGAAACGCUCACUUUGCCGGUAAAAAUAGAAUUGGCUACGUGCCGCAACAUUCCGAUUACCUGCUCAAAUUCUUGACGACGAGCGAAUCAAUUUUAUACGCAGCUUCUUUGCGCCUUCCGUGGUAUGUUUCAAAACAAACGAAGGAGAAUAAAGUAAACGCACUUCUUGACGAACUCUGCCUUGUCGACGUGCGAAAUACUCGUGUAUCUGAUUUAAGCGGCGGUCAGCGAAAAAGGCUAUCCAUCGCGAUGGAGAUGGUUAUUGAUAGCGACUUACUCAUCCUAGAUGAGCCGACGUCUGGCCUCGAUUCGAAAACUGCAGAUACGAUAUUGGAACUGCUAAAAAGUAUCGCUUCUCGUGGACGUGCCGUAUUAUGUACUAUCCACGCACCAUCGGCGAGAUCUCUUUGCGAACAAAUUGAUACUGUUUUGUUACUUUCUUCGACUGGUGAUCGUUUACAUUUUGGCUCUGUUUCUCUCGAUUUAUUAGAGUCCUUACAAAUGCCGUGUCCAAAAACUUUUUCGUUACCGGAGUGGUUGUUGGAAAUAGCGAGCGACGAAAGAAUGUCCAAACAACUUCUUCUCAAAACAACAGAAUUUCAAGGAAAAGGAGACACAGAACAAGACAGCAGCUCAUCGGAAACCAACGAAACUCUUUUUGUCGUUGAUAAUCAAUCCUCGCACGACUUUUACGAAAAAAGCGAGCGCUCGUUCGUGACGGAGCUAUCCGUCCUCUGUUGGCGAGAGUUUUUAGAGGUGAAACGGAACAUCUCUCGCUUCAUUACGGACUCGGUCACCGCUAUUUUGGUUGGAAUUCUCAUCGGCUUGCUCUAUUUGGACGUGCAAAAGAAUCUUCGCGGCUUCCAAAAUCGGAUGGGCAGCAUAUUUUUCGUCCUCUUUUUUUUCGCUCUUUCGAGCGUAUCGUGUUGCGAUGCCUUUCUCUCGUCGAGAAACGUCUUCCUGCGAGAGAAAAGAGCGGGGUACUACAGAGCCGAAACGUACUAUCUUUCAAAGAUGAUCGUUGAGAUAGUCGUUUUGCGUUGGACGUCGGUCGUUCUAACUUCAAUAAGUUACUACUGGCUGAUGGGCUUACGCGUGGAUCCUGGCGCCUUCUUUGUCUUUUUGAGUUUCGCGUUGUUAUUUUCAGCGACAUCUACGGCAUUAAUGAGUUUUAUCCAGACGCUCUGCGCAUCCACGGCGAUCGCAACGCUGGUUGGAAUAGUUUGCAUUCUGCUUUCAAGUCUUUUCGGCGGGUUCCUCAUAAAUAUUCCCACCUUGCCAGGAUUUUGUAGAUGGAUUCGUUGGUUUUCAGCUUUUUUCUACGCGUGGGGCGGAAUGCUAGCAAGCGAAAUGAACGACGGGAAAUACGUGUUCGAUGCCGACUUCGAUGGGACAGACGUCGCCGUGACUGUGAGCGGGCAAACAUAUCUAAACGUCGUAGGAGUAGAUCCAGCAAAUAUUGGAAGAGAUUUGGUCGCUUUGUGCAUCGUAAUUGGAGUCUACAUGGCUUCUGCGAUAUUCAUGUAUCGCCGAUUUCAAUGA